AUGGCGACUGGAUCUAUAGUCCCAAUUCCCGAGCCGCCGCAACUCCCGUUCUUAGGGUACGUUACCGGCGUCGAUCCGGAAAAUACUCUCAUAUCGUUUGCUAGAAUAUCAGAAAACUAUGGCGAGAUCUUCCGAGCACACGUUCCGGGAGCUAGCCUGGUAUUUAUAAGCACCCAUGCCUUGGUUGAUGAGGUUUGCGAUGAAAAGAGGUUUCAGAAGAAGCCCAACGAUGUUAUAACGCAACUCAGAGCAGGUCUACGCGACGGAUUGUUUACGGCAACAAACGAUGAGCCGAACUGGGGAAUCGCUCAUCGUGUUUUAAUGCCGGCUUUUGGACCGAAAGGCAUUCGCGAUAUGUUCGACGAGAUGAAAGAUAUAGCGUCGCAGCUUGCUUUGAAAUGGGCCAGACACGGAUCACAUGCAAAAAUAAACGCACCCGAAGACUUCACACGCCUUACUCUCGAUACGAUUGCUCUUUGUUCUAUGGGAUUCCGAUUCAACAGCUUCUACUCCGAGAAUUUACACCCAUUCGUAAACGCCAUGGUAGAAUUCCUUCUUGAGAGCGGACGGAGGACGCAGCGGCUACCAUUUCCUUCGUUCCUUUAUCGGUCGCGAGAUAAAAUAUACGAAUCCCACAUCGCCGUCCUCGCAGAGACAGCUCAAGCCGUCUUGGAUGAGCGUCUUGCGGAUCCCGGAAACGAGAGAAAAGACCUCCUCUCAGCUAUGCUUAAAGGACGAGAUUCGCUUAGCGGACAGAAGAUGAGCGACGCAUCUAUUAUUGAUAACUUGAUCACAUUUCUGGUUGCUGGACACGAAACUACAUCUGGGAUGUUGUCUUAUGCUAUGUAUAGAUUAUUGAAGAACCCCGAUGCUUAUCGCAAAGUGCAACAAGAGGUCGAUCAAGUUAUCGGCAAAGGUCCUGUGACAGUACAGCACAUGCAGAAACUUCCAUAUAUCACAGCAGUUCUCCGUGAAGCAUUACGGUUAGAUUCACCAAUCCCGAUAUUUGGAGUAAGUCCCGUGGAGGAUACGUUGCUUGCUGGAAAAUACCAAGUCUACAAGGGAGAUUUUAUCCAAUGUUUUCUCACUAAAGCGCAUCUCGAUCCAACAGUGUUUGAGGAUCCCAUGACUUUCAAACCGGAAAGGAUGCUUGAUGAGAACUUCAGUAAACUACCAAAGAACGCGUGGAAACCAUUCGGCAAUGGUGCUAGAGCCUGUAUCGGUCGACCAUUCGCGAUGCAGGAGGCCAUCCUUACUAUGGCUAUCCUCUUCCAGAAUUUCAACUUCGUCUUAGCAGAUGCAGACUAUGAGCUACGAAAUAAACAGACCCUGACUAUCAAACCCGAUAAUUUCUUCAUACGAGCCAUAUUACGCGACAGCUUAGAUCCCGUCAAGCUUGAACAUCGACUCUCGGGAAUCGAAUCAGUGUUGGAUAAGCCGAAGACGCGUACCAAUGGUCUAGACCAUAAACAUAUAGGUCAUGAUCAGCAGCCCAUCACUAUACUAUACGGCUCUAAUAGCGGCACUUGCGAGUCUAUGGCUCAGCGGUUGGCUUUUGAUGCUGCAUCCUACGGGUAUAGAGUAUCUACUCUGGACUGUAUGGAUGCUGCAGUAGAAAAGCUCCCAGAGGAUCAGCCCGUUAUCUUUAUAACAGCAAGUUACGAAGGACAACCUCCAGAUAACGCGGCUCAUUUCGUUUCUUGGAUUAACAGCAUCAAAGACAAGUCAGCUCUCCGCGGGUCAUCAUACGCAGUCUUUGGAUGUGGUCAUCACGAUUGGUCUCAGACGUUUCAUCGAAUUCCCACACUCGUAAAUACAAAGCUAGAAGACCUCGGCGCAACUAGGAUUGCGGAACUAGGCCUUGCGGAUGCUGCCCUGGAAGAUCCAUUUGUUGCUUUUGAGACGUGGGAAGAUAAUGUUCUCUGGCCAGCCCUAAAUACGUUGAGAGUUGCUAAGGGAUCGAACGAGAUGCCGGGAAUACACCACGCAUCUUUGACGGUAGAUGUAUCGAAUACGCGCCCAUCUAUACUUAAGCAGAGCGUAGAAGAAGGACGCGUACUCGCAACCAAACUUCUAACCGCAGAUGGCGAACCUGCGAAGAAACAUGUGGAAAUUCAGCUCCCGGCCGGCGUAACUUAUAUGCCCGGGGAUUAUCUGUCUGUCUUGCCAAUCAAUCCUAAGGAAACGGUUCAGAGAGCUAUGCGUAGAUUUGGAUUACCGUGGGAUACAAGCAUUAAAAUCACAGGUACCGGUAUAAGGCUACCUACCAACGAAUCAGUACCUGCUAGUAGCAUAUUGGGCGACUUCGUAGAGCUCGCCCAGCCAGCUACCAAACGGAAUAUCCUGGCGUUAGCCGAUGUAACCGAUAACGAGGACGAUCGUAGAGCAUUGAAGAACCUAGCCGCCGAAAAAUAUGAUACAGAAGUACUUGCAAAGCGAGCAUCGGUAUUAGACUUGUUAGAAAUGUUUCCCUCUAUCAACUUAGGUCUAGGAUCAUUUCUGGCGAUGUUACCGCCAAUGCGUCUUCGCCAAUAUUCUAUCUCGUCGUCUCCCCUAGAGGAUCCUCUUAAGGCCUCUAUUACUUUCUCUUUAGUCUCGGGACGCGCUAAAUCCGGCCGAGGAGACUACAUAGGCGUCACGAGCUCCUAUCUAGGAGGUCUUGAAACCAACGAUAGACUUCGCGUGUCUGUGCGGCCGUCUCAUAUGGCCUUUCACCUGCCAGAUACUCCGGAGAAGACGCCACUGAUUCUUAUCGCAGCGGGGAGCGGCAUAGCGCCUUUCCGCGGCUUUAUUCAACAUCGUGCUGUGAUGAUCAGAUCAGGCCGUAAACUAGCUCCAGCUGUGCUAUAUCACGGCUGUCGGGAACCGGAUAAGGAUGACGUGUAUUCUACAGAAUUUGCCGAGUGGGAAAAGGCCGGAGCUGUUAUAAUUAAGCGAGCAUUCAGUCGAAAGCCGGAGGAGUCAGGCGGAUCCAAGUACGUACAAGACAUCGUAUGGGCAGAUCGACUCGGGUUUCUCCGAUUGUGGCAAGAUGGCGCACAGCUAUAUAUUUGUGGCUCACGGAAGGUCAGCCAGGGGGUUGAAAAGGUGGUUAAGAAUAUACGUCAAGAAGAAUCGAAGCUAAAGGGAGAGCAUCUAAGCGACGAAGAUGCGAAAAUAUGGUGGGACGAGUUGAGAAAUGUCCGAUACGCUACCGACGUGUUUGACUAA